AGACGGUGCGUGCGGAUAACACCACCAAACAACUGUGGCAUAGUAUGGAGGUCGGUUCUCUUAAUAUCACCACCGUCUUCUCAUGCCACCAAUCCUUACCUAAAACCUCCUCAUCUCGACGCCUCAGCAAACUCCGGCCAUCGCAUUCUUCCUCCGGCAGCUUCCGGUACCCUCUUCCGACUCUCCGCCUUCGUUCCUCCAUCAAUUCAGUUGCCAAUAUAUCCCCUGCUUCCCCAUCUGUUGUUGAAAAUGAUCAUAAUUGUGAGUUCCAGCUUCCUCCCAAUCCAGGUACUUGCUCAUCCGAUAACAUAGAUUCUUGGAAAUGGAGGUUAACAACAUUACUGCAUGACAAGGAUAAACAAGAGCUGGUGUCGAGGGAAAAACAAGACAGACGUGAUUUUGAGCAAAUAGCAGCUCUAGCAAAUGAAUUAGGUUUGCAUAGCCGUUUGUAUUUCAAAGUAGUUGUUGUCAGCAAAAUCCCGCUGCCAAAUUACAGGUUUGAUCUGGAUGACAAGCGGCCGCAGAGGGAGGUGACCUUGCCUCUGGGGUUGCAAACGAGAGUUCAUGCUCAUCUUGAAAAAUAUCUUUCUCGCAAACCUAAGAGCAUGGAUGGCUUUAGAGAUAAUUUGUUUUCAACCACGAUUACUAAUGGCAGUAUUGCUACUAAUGAAGAAUUAUUUGGGAAAAGAGAAUUGUCCUCACAAAGUAAGGCUGCAGAGGACAAAGUUCUCUGGCGAAAAAGUAUGCAGUUACAUGUGGAGCAACAAGCUUGGCAGAAAUCUUCAGAAGGUCAGAAAAUGCUUGAGUUCCGUAGGAGUCUCCCUGCUUAUAAAGAGAAGGAUGCAAUACUGAGUUCUAUUACAAAGAACCAGGUUGUUAUCAUCUCAGGUGAAACUGGCUGUGGAAAGACGACACAGAUUCCGCAAUAUAUUUUACAGUCUGAGAUUAGUUCUCUCCGUGGGGCGACAUGUAACAUCAUAUGUACUCAGCCUCGACGAAUAUCUGCUAUGUCUGUCUCUGAAAGAAUUGCUACCGAGAGAGGGGAGAACUUGGGUGAAACAGUUGGAUAUAAAGUUAGGUUUGAGGGCAUGAAAGGAAAGAACACCCGCCUAGUGUUUUAUACCACGGGAAUCUUAUUGAGAAGAUUGUUGGUUGAUAGAGAUCUAAAAGGCGUGACUCAUAUUAUCAUGGAUGAGAUUCAUGAGCGUGGAAUUGAUGAAGAUUUUUUGCUUACUGUUCUGAAAGAAUUACUUCCUCGCCGGCCUGAAUUAAGGCUUGUUUUGAUGAGUGCAACUCUGAAUGCAGAGAUUUUCUCAUCUUACUUUGGUGGUGCUCCAAUGGUUCAUAUACCGGGUUCAAUGCAUCCUGUGCGCACCUAUUUUCUGGAAAAUAUUCUGGAAUCAACCGGAUACAGAUUGACAGCAGACAAUCAAAUUGAUGAUUAUGGUCAAGUAUGGAAAAUAAAUAAACAGACUUCAAAUCGAAGGAAGAGCCAAAUUGCAUCAGUUGUUGAGGAAGCACUUGGAUCUGCCGACUUCAGCGAAUACAGUCAACAGACACAAGAUUCUUUGCUGUGCUGGAACCCCAAUUCUCUAAAUUUCAACCUCAUAGAAUGCCUACUAUGUAGCAUAUGUGAGAAUGAAGAGCCUGGGGGUAUAUUAGUCUUUAUGACUGGAUGGGAUGAUAUUAGUUCUCUGAAGGAGAAGUUACAAUCUAAUUCAGUUUUGGGCGACUCAAGUCGAGUUUUAUUGCUGACAUGUCAUGGUUCUAUGGCUAGCUCAGAGCAGAGGUUAAUAUUUGAAAAAGCAGAUAGUGGAGUGAGGAAGAUAGUGUUGGCUACGAAUAUUGCUGAGACCAGUAUCACAAUAGAUGACUUGGUUUUUGUAAUUGAUUGUGGCAAGGCCAAAGAGGCAUCGUAUGAUGCACUUAACAAUACUCCUUGCCUUCUUCCUUCUUGGAUAUCCAAGGUUUCUGCUAAACAAAGAAGAGGAAGAGCUGGUCGUGUUCAACCUGGAGAAUGUUACCAUCUAUAUCCCAGAUGCGUGUGUGAUUCUUUUACUGAUUAUCAAUUGCCAAAGAUAUUGAGAAUGCCUUUGCAAUCCCUUUGUCUGCAAAUUAAAAGUUUGAAUCUUGGAAGCAUUUCUGGAUUCUUAUCCAGGUCUUUGCAGUCACCUGAUCCGCUAGCGGUUCAACAUGCUAUUGAAUAUCUCAAGAUAAUUGGUGCUUUGGAUGAGUAUGAAAAUCUGACCAUAUUGGGCCAUUACUUGACUAUGCUUCCAAUGGAACCCAAACUUGGAAAAAUGCUUGUAUUGGGUGCAGUUUUGAAUUGCCUUGAUCCUAUGUUGACUAUUGUUGCUGGUCUAAGCGUUAGAGAUCCCUUCCUUGCACCUUUGGAAAAAAGGGAGUUGGCAGAGGCUGCUAAAGCACAAUUUUCCCAUGAUUUUAGUGACCAUCUUGCCCUUUUACGGGCAUACAAUGGCUGGAAAAUGGCUGAACAAAAACAAUCUGGAUAUAAAUACUGUUGGAGGAACUUUCUCUCUGUACAAUCAAUGAAAGCUAUCGAUUCCAUGCGAAUAGAAUUUCAGUCCGUACUUAAAGAUAUACGUCUUAUUAGCAAUAAAACAACCUUUUACAACACUUAUAGCUAUGAUGAGCAUCUCAUUCGUGCAGUUAUCUGUUAUGGCUUAUAUCCAGGAGUUUGCUCUAUUGUGCACAAAGAAACCUCUUUAUCACUGAAAACAAUGGAGGAUGGUCAGGUGUUCUUAAAUUCAAAUUCAGUUAAUGCACGUGAUUCCAAAAUACGAUACCCAUGGCUGGUCUUCUACGAAAAGAUGAAAGUAAACUCUGUGUAUCUUCGAGAUUCAACAGCUGUAUCUGAUUCAAUACUGCUCCUAUUUGGUGGAAGCAUUUCAAUGGGUGAUGUUCAGGAGGGCCAUUUGAAAAUGAUGAGAGGAUACUUAGAGUUUUUCAUGGAACCAGAAGUAGCAAGAAUGUAUCAAAUCUUGAGGCGCGAGCUUGAUGAGUUAUUUCAGUGUAAAUUAAUGAAUCCACGAAUGAACUUACCUGCUCAGCACGAACUUUUAUCUGCUAUACAGUUGGUACUCUCUGGGGAUCAAUGUAGCGGUCGGUUUGUAUUUGACCAUCAGGUGAUACCUUCUCUUUUAUCACAAGUACCGGCAUCGCUACCACCAACACAACCUCUAGGUUCUGAGAUAGAGAGUGGACCAGGAGGUGACAAUUCUAAAAGUCAACUCCAAACACUACUGGCUAGAGCAGGUUAUAGUGCCCCAGUCUACAAAACUGAUUUCACCAACAACCAGUUUAGUGCCGUUUGUGAGUUCAAUGGCAUGCAGAUCAUGGGUAGUCCUUGCAAAAACAAGAAGCAAGCCGAAAAAGAUGCUGCCUCUAAGGCUUUGGAUUGGCUUUUGGGUGGCAAUCGUGGGGCUCGUGAAUUUAUUGACUGCAUGUCAAUGAUGAUGAAGAGCAAUAAGAACCGCAAAUAAGCUUGGUGAGGGUAUUGUUAUUGGCUAAGGAUGCUUAAAGAAGCCCAGACAAUUGCAUAUGUCUUGCUACUCUGCGAAGCAUUCGAUGCUGUUGCUGGGCUCACCUUUUUAAUAAGAAGUAUGUGACAUGCACUACAGUGGUAUUGUAUGAAUCCAUUUUGCGCGGUUGACCCACCAUCUAUCUGGGAUUGAGCUAAUUUCGAAACUCUUGGAGAAAGUGCAGUACAUCACUAAAAGAACAAAGAACAACAGACAAAAAGCAGACACUACAGACAGGCAAGUUUUUAUUUCUUUAGCUUGGAACGGCAUUUCUAGUGUAUAGUUCAGCUAGUGAAAUGCUGGAAAAAUCUAAAUCUUGCUAGAAACCUUUCUAGGAUUACUAUCUUCACAAUUGUGGAAAAAGGAUCUGAUUAGGGAACCAAUGACCCUUCGCUUCUCGGAAUAUAAUGAUGACGUUAUUCUUGAAAGACUGGCUUCUUCCAUGACUAUAGAUAUCUAUCUUUAUACUUUAAGUUUGGUGCUGCAAGAUAGUAAUGGGCAAUUCCUUUUCCUUUUAAUAUUAUGCUAUUCGCUCAGUGAGUCAGUGUCUCAAUGUUACCACCACAAACAUGAUAUUCAAUAUGACAUUCAUUAUUCGGCAUAAUAAUAUUAUUUUCAAUAAUAA